AUGUCAAGCAUAUCUACGUUACACCAGACUGAGCGCAGCUUGCUCCCACCCAGCAUUAUUAUUCCAGACACUGUUGGCCAUACCCGCGAUAUUUUUGCACUCAAACUCAACCCCCACCACGAAGAGGCCGAGGCUGGAUCUCUUGCUUGGUUUGAUAACUAUGACCUUCAUGCUGGCCCGCAUCGGGAAGAAUUUCUCAGUGCUCGUUACUGCCUUCUAGCGUCAUACUGUUACCCAGAUGCUGAUUUGGGGCACCUUCGUCCGGUCAUGGACUUCAUCAUAUGGCUGGUGGCUUAUGACGAUAUGGCAGACGAUGGAGAGUUCUGUGACAGCAUUGAGGCGUUGAAGCAUGCCUUUGGUAUAACUUUGAAAUUCCUUCGCAAUCCCGAUGCUCCUCAUCCAAAUCUAAAAUACCUUGCUGCACUUAAAAGCUUUUACAACCGCAUGCGAGAGAACGGAAACCCCGCAGCUCUCUGUCGCUUUGUCGAAGGUGCAGAAGGCUACAUGCAGGCUGCAUUGCAAGAUACUAUGAACCGGGCCGCCGGUAAGGUGCUCACUAUCGAUGAGUACAUCCAUCUGCGCGCUGAGUCUUCGGGAGUGAAGUGGGCAUAUGCCGCACUUGAAUAUGCUCAUGAGAUAGAGCUCCCAAACAAGGUGCACGAAGACCCGAUUGUUUCGGAGCUGGCUCUAGCAGGGAAUCAAAUUUUAACUUGGUCGAACGACAUUUAUUCGUUCUCGCUUGAACAAGCCAAGGGAUAUACUCAUAAUAUUCUGUUUGUCAUCAUGUGGAACAAACAGGUCGAUUUACAGGCCGCAGUCGAUUUUGUUGAAAGAAUGAUUCAGAAGCGAGUCAAAGAAUAUAUUGAUGCCAAGGCGUUGCUCCCGUCUUUUGGCCCGGAGAUCGACCAUCAGGUUGCGAAAUACAUCCAAGGUAUCGAGCAUUGCAUACAGGCCAAUAUUAGCUGGUCCCUGAUGUCACCUCGAUAUUUCGGCGCAGAUUUCGAGAAGGUGAAAGAGACUAGAAUUGUCAAUCUCAUGGCCCCUAUUAUCUCUACCAACAAAAGGUCAACUGGUGUUAAGGAAGUGGAACCAAUGGAGCCAAUCGCCCCUACCAUUGCAGUGGCUGCAGGGGAGUAG